GGAAGAGAAACGAUUUACCAGUAUAUCCACCAGUGUGUCUGUGCACUUGAGCGUCUCGUAGAGUAUGUCUCUUAUUUUUGAUGAAGUGGAUCUGUCAGAUGCCAGUGUUGCAGAAUCAAGCACAAAGAAUGUCAACAACAGUUUCACGGUAAUUACACCGUUCCGAAGGCUCAUCCUGUGCGCAGAGAACAGGAAAGAAAUGGAGGAUUGGAUCAGCUCGCUGAAAUCUGUUCAGUCCAGAGAUCAUUACGAGACGGCACAGUUUAAUGUGGAACAUUUCUCAGGGAUGCACAACUGGUAUGCCUGCUCCCACGCUCGUCCAACCUUCUGUAACGUGUGUCGGGACAGCCUUUCAGGGGUCACAUCUCAUGGACUCUCCUGUGAAGUGUGUAAAUUCAAGGCCCACAAAAGGUGCGCAGUCCGGGCCACCAACAACUGCAAAUGGACCACAUUGGCAUCUAUUGGGAAAGACAUCAUUGAAGAUGAGGACGGGAUUGCAAUGCCACACCAGUGGUUGGAAGGCAACCUGCCUGUCAGUGCCAAAUGUGCCGUUUGCGACAAAACGUGUGGCAGCGUGCUGCGCUUGCAAGACUGGCGCUGUCUGUGGUGUAAGGCAAUGGUGCACACAGCGUGCAUGGAUAUCUACCCUCGCAAAUGUCCCCUGGGCCAAUGCAAAGUGUCAAUCAUCCCCCCCACCGCCCUCAACAGCAUUGACUCUGAUGGUUUCUGGAAAGCCACCUGCCCCCCAUCCUGCGCUAGUCCACUUCUUGUGUUCGUCAACUCUAAAAGUGGCGACAACCAAGGGGUAAAAUUCCUGCGUCGCUUCAAACAGCUGCUCAAUCCCGCUCAGGUCUUUGACCUAGUCAAUGGUGGACCUCAUUUAGGUCUUCGGUUGUUCCAGAAAUUUGAUAACUUCCGAAUCCUGGUAUGUGGUGGAGAUGGAAGUGUCGGUUGGGUCCUGUCUGAAAUUGAUAAACUAAAUCUUCACAAACAGUGCCAGUUGGGCGUGUUGCCGCUGGGCACUGGGAAUGACCUGGCACGGGUGCUCGGCUGGGGGCCAUCAUGUGAUGAUGACACUCAACUCCCUCAGAUUCUGGAGAAGCUAGAGCGAGCCAGCACAAAGAUGCUGGACAGGUGGAGUAUAAUGACGUAUGAAAUUAAAAUACCUCCCAAACAGAGCUGCCCAGCCACACCAGAGGAGGCAGAAGAUGGCCAGUUUCUGAUAUCUGCCUAUGAGGAUUCAGUAGCUGCCCAUCUCACAAAGAUCCUGAACUCAGAUCAGCACUCAGUGGUCAUUUCUUCAUCCAAGGUUCUGUGUGAGACGGUGAAAGAAUUUGUUGCCAAAGUGGGAAAGUGUUAUGAGAGAAGCAGUGAGGGCUCAGAAGAGGCUGAUGCAUUGGCUCUUAAAUGUGCAAUUUUAAAUGAGAAGCUGGACUCCCUCCUGCAGACGUUGAAUUUGGAGGCCCAGUCCAUAACCCCCUCAGCCCUCACCACUCCUCCUAUUGUAGAGGAGGAGGUAGAGGAGGAGGAGCUGGACGAAGAGGAAGAUCUGAGUGAAGAGUCUUUAACGGAGUUGAAGGAAAAUGAGACCGAGAAGGGCUCAGUCCAUAAGCUUUACAGACCCCGUGAUCAGCUUGUGCUGAGAGCCAACAGCCUCAAGAAAGCUCUUCGGCAGAUCAUCGAGCAGGCUGAGAGAAUGUUGGAUGAGCAGAAUGCUCACACAGAGGAGCAGGAGCUUCAGUCCCCUUCAGACUUCAGGAAGGACAGUGAGGAGGAAAACAAAGACAACGAAAAAGACGAAGACACUAAAGAACUGGAAGCCCUGUCCUUGGCCAAGUCACCAUGCUCACCGCCGGAAAGACGGAUCAGUCGCAGCACACAAUCCUGUGGCUCGUUUUCCAUCACACCCUUCACCACAAGCAAGGAGAACCUGCCUGUACUCAACACACGCAUCAUCUGUCCUGGACUGCGGGCAGGUCUUGCUGCCUCUAUAGCUGGAAGCUCAAUAAUCAGUAAAAUGUUGCUUGCCAACAUAGACCCAUUUGGUGCCACACCCUUCAUAGAUCCUGACCUGGAUUCAUUAGAGGGCUACUUGGAGAAGUGUGUGAUGAAUAAUUACUUUGGGAUUGGGUUGGAUGCAAAGAUCUCAUUGGAGUUCAACAACAAGCGUGAGGAGCACCCAGAGAAAUGCAGAAGUCGCACAAAGAACAUGAUGUGGUAUGGAGUUCUGGGAACGAAAGAGCUUCUACAACGAACCUAUAAGAAUUUAGAGCAGAAAGUUCAGUUGGAGUGUGAUGGCCAGUACAUCCCACUCCCCAGUCUUCAGGGAAUUGCCGUGCUGAACAUCCCAAGUUAUGCCGGCGGAACCAACUUUUGGGGUGGGACCAAAGAAGAUGAUAUAUUUUGUGCCCCUUCAUUUGAUGAUAAAAUCUUGGAAGUGGUUGCUGUGUUUGGUAGUAUGCAAAUGGCCGUCUCACGAGUUAUCAAACUGCAGCAUCAUCGUAUUGCGCAGUGUCGUACGGUGAAGAUCACCAUCCUGGGAGACGAAGGAGUGCCUGUCCAGGUGGAUGGAGAGGCCUGGAUUCAACCUCCUGGAGUCAUAAAGAUACAACACAAGAACCGGGCCCAGAUGUUAACAAGAGACAGGGCAUUUGAAAACACUUUAAAGUCUUGGGAGGAUAAACUGAAAUACGACAAGCCUCCACUGAGGCCUCAUCUGUACCCUCAGCAUUCUGUGGAUCUGGCUACAGAAGAAGAGGCCACACUAAUCCAGAUGUGUGCUCGAGCCGCUGAAGAUCUCAUUACUAGGAUCUGUGAGGCUGCCAGAAACUACCAACUCCUUGAACAGGAGCUCGCCCACGCUGUCAAUGCCUCCUCUCACGCCAUCAACAAAACACACCCCAAAUUCCCUGAGAACCUGACAAGAAACACUGCCAUCGAGGUGGCCAGCAAUGUGAAAGCCCUUCACAAUGAGACUGAGUCUCUGCUAGUAGGACGAGUGCCACUGCAAUUGGACCCUCCACAUGAAGAGCUACUGUCCAAUGCUCUUCAGAGUGUAGAAGUUGAACUAGGCAAGCUGGCGGAGAUCCCCUGGCUCUACCAUAUCCUACAGCCCAAUGACGAAGAGGACCACUCACUGGAAUAUGGAAAGAGGAACAGUCGGACUGGUAUGUUCCGCAUAGUUCCAAAGUUCAAGAAAGAGAAAGUCUCAAAGAAGUCUAGUCCACAGUCAGUUCAGAGGUGGGGCACUGAGGAGGUGGCCGCCUGGCUGGAGCAGCUCAGCUUGGGGGAGUACAAAGACACCUUCAUCCGCCACGACAUCCGCGGCUCCGAGCUUCUGCACCUGGAGCGGAGAGACCUGAAGGAUCUGGGGAUCUCGAAGGUGGGUCAUAUGAAGAGAAUUCUCCAGGGAACUAAGGAUCUUGCCAAGAAUUCGAUGGUGGACCUGUGAGAUGUGGAGAUACAUUCCGUUCGUGAGCGAAAAGGAUUUCAAUUGGAGCUCUGUGUACGAAAGAGUCUUGUGGAUAUAAGGCGUUCUGCCCUUUAGGAUAGCUUGUAGAGAAGUUUUAGGGCUGGUGUGCUGGUGCCAAAACGACAAGGAUUGUGUCUGAGACGUUAGGUUGUAUACAUAGAAAAGCCAUUACUCACUUUUCACAUCAAUGUCACAAUCAGGUAUGCAAAUCUCAUUGUACAGGCCACUUUCAAAGAUAUAAAAAAGUAGCAGAACAGGACUUCCAUUAAAUGUUCUCUCUGAGAAUAGCAAGGCCUCUAAAUAGCUACCUGGCUCUUUGCCUUGCGGUAGAUGGCAACAAUAGGAGGGCGAUUUGAUGAGUCAGCAAUAUUCUGUUUUCAACAGCACUGUUUACAUUUAAAGAAACAAAAAAGACUGCUUAGUAUUGCAAUGAAAUGGCAAUCAUUGUAGAAUAGUUGUGCAGUCCAGGAAAGGUCAAAAGGGGUUUUCUUCAACCAUGAUAUACUGAUGCAUGGUGUUCUUGCUAUAUUUGGAUAGCUAUUUUACUGCAUGAUCAGCGUCUUGUUUUUUAUUGUACAAACUAACACUUGAACAAGUUUUUUAUGAAUUUAGUAUGACGAUAUUUGUUACUACUGAAGCAUCCCUUUGGUCAAAGUAGACUUCUGAUUCAUUUCUAUUUAUGUCUGCAUGGAAACCUUGUGUCCAAAAACAAUGUCAUGUGCCAUAUUUAUUCUAAAUUUAGCUUUAUUUGUAAGAAAUGUUUUCAAACUCACAAUAGGACAUUAAGUCAAAAUUGUGGUGAAAUGUGUAUCAGCGUAAAUGUCCCCCGUUUUUAUAUUAAAAUGCUUCACUUGCCCAACAAACAAAAGAAAUGACGUAAAGAGAUUAUAUGAUUUCUAGAAGCUUAACUGGAAGUCUUGCCAUAUCCCAUCCUCAUAAGUGCUUCAGGAAAAAACUUUUAGAUGAUUUUCAGGACACAUUUCCAGUAACUUAAACCUUUUGUUGUAUAUUAGUUGGAAUAGGAAUAAUACUGAUUUAGAUAAGAACAUUUAUUUAAAUUAGAAAUUCUGCAGUUGACCUGCAAAAUUGCAUAGUUUAUAUUUUUGACAGCUGAGUUCAGGAACCCAGUGUAAAUUUGAUUGGAUGCUUACAAAUACAUUUUGGUUGGUGGCAUUACAGGGUAUGAGACGUUUUGUUUGCUAAUAUAUGCACUGUAAAGUACAGUAUAUACAAACUGUUAAUUCCAGUUAUAAUUAAAGCUUGUGUAUAAUAGAAUCCGUACAUGAUAUUAUCAGAUUACACAUUUAUUUGUGUAUAGAGCACCAUAACACCUUUGUGAAUUAUUAUUGUUAUUAAGUGUCGCCUUUACACGUUAAGUGCUGUUGUACUCUGUGGAAGGUGCAAUAUUGUAUUUAUUUUGAUACAUUUCAUAUUAAGUUUUAUUAUGUGAGGUUUUUCCAUGGAAAACUAGAAAGAUAAACUUCACAUAGUCCUCUUUUGUUUGGUUUCGGUUUUGGAAUAAGAUGGUAAAACCUUGCUGUGUUCUCUCCAAAAUUCAUAAAUCUUCCAUUAAAGGGAUAAUGCACACAAAGAAGAAAAUUCUGUUAUCAUUUACUCACCCUCAGGUUUUUGCAAACCUGUAUACAUUUCUUUGUUCUGCUGAACAAAUGGAAGAUAUUUGCAAGGAUUUCAGUAUAACCAAAUAAAUCUCAUCCCCCAUUUACUCCCAUAAUAGAGAAACUAAAUACUAUGGGAGUCAUUUGGGGAUGAGAUCUGUUUGGUUUUAGACAUUCUUGCAAUCUUCCUUUGUGUUUAGAAGAACAAAGAAAUGUAUACAGGUUUGAGAUGACAAGAGGGUGAGUAAAUGAUGACAGAAUGUUAUUUUUUGGGUGAACUAUCCCUUUAACAUAUUGCCAAUCCUGCUUAAAUGUGCUUCCAGGAUAGUUUUCUAGACGGCUGGAUGUGUCUUCAUACCAACUUCAAAACAGUUGUGCCUAAUCUUUUUUGUAAAAGGGGGAUGUACACCUGUUUUUACAUUUGCUGCCCUAAUCAACUCAAGAACAGUAGCAGACUUUAGUUAGGUGUUAUUCUAUCGUUUUCCUAUAGAGGGUGUUAGAUACAGUAUUAGUUGAUUGAAAGAGAAACAGGGAGGAAACAAUAUUCUGAAAAUAUAUUUUAUUCCCAAGUACAAAGAAAUUUAAUUCCUCACAUAAUUUACCUAGAGAAUUCAAACAAAUAAGGAUUAUGAGACAAACCUAAAGAACUGGCUAUGGUUCAUCGGGUGGAUACAUUCAAGAUGUUUUUAAAAGGAAAAUACACAUUGGAAGAGAUCAUGGGGAGUUAAGUUCAUCACUCACAAAUAUUAGGACUAGAGGUGAGCCUCAGUUUUAACAGAAAUUCAAUUCCCCUAAAUUGUUUAUUGUACAAGACUGAAAUCAAAAUGUGCCUAAAAGCAAAGCUUAUUCAUUUUACAGUGAACUGCAUAUGCCUGACAAUGUGCUGAAUUAUAAAAUAUUUACAUAGGAACAUUAAAUAGGCAAUUGUAAAUGCAUAAUCCAAAGCAUUUUGAUUAAGUGUUUUGGGUUCUUGGUAAAAUAAAAUGUAGGCCUAUCUACAUUUGGAAACAUUAGCAUUUUAUGCAAUUAGAUUGCACAUUAAUAUUGACCAACAUUAUUGCGGUUAUAUCAUAAAGUCUUGAUCCAUGCAUUAAAGUGAAAGUGAAUAAUGAAAUGUUUAAACAGAUAUGCAUUCCAAGUGGCAGGAUGGUCCUGUUGCAAAACGUAAUUUCCCCAACUAUCUAGAGCCAUUACCAAAGACACAAGUUCAUUUAAGAACACUUUUGUAACAUUUUGUGACAAAAUGAUGAACCCUAAAAGGAAAUAGUGAAGAUGCCAGAAGCCCUGCAAAAUUCGCCUUACGUUGUCUCUAACAAACGUGUAGCAAAUCAAUCUUGUAUAUGGUGCCUCUGUAUAGUUGAUUUGUCUUCAUAUAACUCAAAUCACACAAGUGCAGUCUUCCUCUCAUGCCACAAAAUUAGUACAUCUACGCACAUUCCAUGAGUAUCAUGAUCAUCUAAGAGUGAGUUGUCAAGGGACCAUGUGAUGAAUGCAUUUGAUCAGCUGUUAACUGCCUGAUAUUUUUAAAAAAACAAUUCAUUAAAGGAAUUUAUAGAGCAAGGUGAUAUAUCUCUGGCAUAAUUUAUAUCCAUUUAAGAGAAGUGAUGUGAGUUUCAUUUGUUUACAUUGUGUUUACAAUGGCACAUUUUAAUUUUAAGACUACAUGUAUAGGUAUAUUUACAAUGUUUGCAUAUUUAUUAUAGUUAAACAACUUAUGUGUAUGUGUUUCACUAUUGGAAUAUAAUGUUGCAGUAGUCCCUUGUAUUGAUAUCUGGAUGAUUUUUGGUAAGUAGUAAGUAAUUUUUAUGACUACUAACUGACUCUUUCUGUGCCUUUUUAUGGUAGAUGCAUGGUUAACUAUUUAUUACAAUAUGGAGGUCACUGAGAUGUGUAUUUUUGUAUCCUGAUUGAAUAAAUGUUUAAAUUUUGAUGUAAAUUUUGAGGUGGUAAAACACUGCCUGUUGAUAUCUUCCUUAUUCAAUAAAACUGAAUGCAUACACAGUGUAA